AUGGCCGACGGAAACAGAAACGACCGCCCCGACGGCGAGGAAGGAGACGGGGAGGUGUGGGCGAAUUUCAGCGGGACGUUUCGGAAGGUGCAGACGGUGCUGGACAGGAACAGGUCGCUGAUUCAGCAGGUGAACGACAACCACCAGUCCCGAAUCCCCGACAACAUGGCCAAGAACGUGCCGCUGAUCCAGGAGAUCAACCACAACAUCUCCACCGUGUCCUCCCUCUACUCCGACCUCUCCUCGAAUUUCGCCUCCUCGUACCGUCACCGGAACGGCAAGGACGCUGACGGCCGCCACGGCGGCACCAAGGCCUAA